AUGCCAUUGGAAAACCCAGAAGAAACAGCCAAGGGAGUGUUGUUAAUGACCAAUGAACAUUUGCAAGAUGGCAAAAUGGAGGCAAAUGAUACCAUAAAGAAUUAUUCGGAUAGCACUGAUAUGGAAAGAACCGAUAACUUAUCACGUUUGAAUGAUCAGUCUAUUUUGGCAUUCAAUAAACUUCAACUUACCACUCAUGGAUGCAUAGGUGAUUCACGACGCAAUAAACUUCUCUCCUUAUGGAAAUAUCUCACGCUUCGGGGUUUAUUUCGACUUUUAGGCGAAAAUGUUGGCUCUUACCCGAUAGUAUACAUUCUUUUAUCAUUAUUGAUCUCAACAAGUUCAUUUGGUAUCUUUAAAAUUGUUUUACGUGAUCGAAUACGUGAUGGUUAUACGCCAACCAAUGCACCAUCCAGAUAUGAAAUGGAUGUACUACGGGAAUUUUGGAACUCUUCUGGCGAUCCAAUGGUUACGGUAGUAUUACUGACAGCCAAAGAUAAUGGAUCGAUGUUACGUGAUGAUUAUUUGAGCGAAAUUGAACGUUUAACCACUUAUUUGAUGACUAAUCAUAGUGUAAUAUAUGAUAAUGAGCCAGUUAUAUAUGCAAACUUUUGCUCACCAUAUUGUAGGAUGAAUAUUGCACUACAACUUUUCAAGCAAAGUGUUGAUGUUGAACGGGUCCAUUUGCAACGAGGUGAACCACUGUCAUAUGAUACAUCUUUAACAUAUCCAGUAGCGAAAAUUGAUGGCUUUGACAUUCAUUUGGAAAGGAACUUUUUUGGGAUUACUAUGAAAGAAAUACCCAAAAAGGAUAUGUUUGUUGGCCAAAAUAUUACCGCUGAUAAGUUGCCUCAAAAUGUUUCCUAUGCACAAUUAGUUUCAAACUUGCAAUUCGUUAAAGUAAUUUUGGCUCUUUACCGUGCUGAUCGAUCAUCCCCCGAAAUGGAACGAAAGCUAUCGCUGUGGGAACUUUCUGUUUUCAAAUUUGCUCGAGAACAUUAUAAUAACUGCUUAAUUGAUAUGGAGGUGAUUGGCACAGAGAUUCUUAAUCAAGAAAUGAUUAAAGAUGGACAAAAGCUUGCACCUUUUUUUGCUGCAGGUUUUGGUUUUAUGAUGUUUUUCGUAACUGUUACGGUUCUUGCUAGUGCAUUUUUUUAUAAUGCGAUGGAUUGGGGUAAAGUUUUGGUAGCAUUUGGUUCUAUUUUAUGUCCAAUACUUUCGAUUACAUCAUCAUAUGGUAUCAUAUCGCUUUUUGGUGUUCGAACAAAUUCUCUUAUGCUUGUUAUGCCAUUCCUUAUUAUGGGCAUUGGAGUUGAUGAUGCGUUCCUGAUGAUCCAUCCAUGGCAACGUUUGGCAUUACAUACUAGUAGUGUUAGUGUUCGACUUGGUUUAGUCUUCGAAGAAGUAGGACCUUCUAUUACGAUUACUUCGUUAACGAAUUUCAUUUCCUUCAGUAUCGGCGCUUUAACUCCCACGCCAGAAAUACGAUUGUUUUGUGUAUCAACAGCUAUUGCAAUGGGAUUGGAUUAUUUAUAUGAAUUAAUUUUGUUUGGACCUGUAUUGGCGUUAGCUUCACAUUGCGAAAAACGUAAUAAAAAGUACACGAUGUCAUCAUGUCCCCAAAAACCCUUACUAUAUGGAUGGCGUUUACAGGUUUCAUUAAUUUCUGUUAAAGAUCAUUGCAAGUUAGAUCAGUGGUAUCAUGUUCAGCAUCGUAUAUAUGCUUUAUAA